AUGCCGAUGCCACCCAAGACUGGGAGCUUUUCUCCUGGAGCCCUCACUGAUGCGGGGGCCCCCUGGGGUCUUGAGGCUGGGGGCCCCUCCAUUUCCCUUUCAUACGGGGUGGUACCACGUGCUUGUGGUAGACAGGCCAGCGCCCCCCAAGGAGGCCGAGGGGCCCCUCUAGCUCCCGUUUCGGGGGUUCCUCCAAGAGUCCAGUUGCCUCUGUCCCCUGUGCACUGGGGGGCCCUUGCGAAGGCUACGACUCGUGUUAUGGGAGCUCUUAGCCCUGAUGAUCUGUUGGUCAUUUACAAUGGGCUAAGGGCCAGCGGGCUAAGAGACAAUGAGCUGCAGCGGUCGCUGCAUCUGCGGCUGCAGGAACUGCCUGCUGCUGCCUUUACUGCCACAGAAAUAAGAGAUCUACUGCGGGUUUUGCAGCAGUGCGGCUGGCGGAGCGUUAAUACGUUGCGGCACCUUGCAACUGCCUUUCGCGCCACUGCAGAGUCAGCAUCACCCUCCUGCUGUAGGGAGUUGAUGGCCGCGUAUGCUCGACUUAGGGUUCCCCUGGACGUAGAGGCAGACAAGGCAGCCUUUGCAGCCGCAGCACAGCGAUUGCUGCAGCAGGCGUCAGCCCUCGGCCCCAAGGAAGUGUCCCUUGCACUCAAUAGCAGUGUGAAAUGUAGGAGUACAGCCGCCACGGUGCGCUUUGUUGCCUCCAUGGCCCCACAGAUACCCCGCGUUGCAGCAGCAAUGCGGCCUAUGCAGCUAGCACUGACGGCCAACGCGCUUGCCGUCGCAUCGGCAAGACAUUUAGGGGCCCUGCAUGCCAUAGAGGAGGCAGCGCUAACGCAAAAGGAUAAAUGGCUCCCACAGGAUGUUGCCCUCUUCAUAAAUGCCUUUACACGGUUGGAGAUGUACAGUGACCCCCUCUUUGGUGCUGCAGCAGAGCACGUGAGCCUAGGCCCUUUUGCUUUUCUCUAA